GCUGACGCAGACUGAGCUGUUCCAUCGGCGGAGUAAAGAUGGCUGACCAAAGCGCCGCAGAUCCUGGAAAUAACAACAAUAAUAAACCUGAAGCUUCAGAAGGAACUAUUAUUAAGGUCACAGUUAAAACCCCGAAAGAUAAAGAAGAAAUCGCCAUCGCCGAAGAUGCCUCUGUCACACAGUUCAAAGAAGAGAUCUCAAAGCGGUUCAAAGCUAAACAGGACCAGUUGGUGCUGAUUUUUGCCGGGAAGAUCUUGAAGGAUGGUGACACUCUUAGCCAACAUGGUAUCAAGGAUGGCUUGACAGUUCAUCUAGUUAUAAAAACAGCCCACAAGGCUGGAGAAAGUAGUACAUCAGCUUCAAGCUCUUCUACCACCGCAGCAGGCAGCACCUCCACCUCCAGUCCAGGAACAAAUCCCUCUCCCACAACAGGAUCUUCAGGCUCUGCUCCUCCACCAACACAGACUCCCAACAUACUGACUGGCUUUGGAGACCUUUCUAAUUUAGCUGGGCUGGGAAUGGGUUCAGCUAAUUUCAUGGAGCUGCAGCAGCAAAUGCAGAGGCAGCUGAUGUCCAACCCAGAAAUGCUGUCCCAGAUCAUGGAAAACCCCCUGGUCCAAAACAUGAUGUCCAACCCAGACCUAAUGAGACAGAUGAUUAUGGCUAAUCCACAGAUGCAACAGCUCAUGGAGCGAAACCCAGAGAUUUCACACAUGCUCAACAAUCCUGAGCUCAUGAGACAGACUAUGGAGUUGGCCAGAAAUCCAGCUAUGAUGCAGGAAAUGAUGCGAAACCAGGAUCGAGCUCUUAGUAAUUUAGAGAGCAUCCCCGGUGGCUACAACGCACUCCGCAGGAUGUAUACUGACAUUCAGGAGCCCAUGUUCAGUGCUGCCAGGGAACAGUUUGGAAAUAACCCAUUUUCAGCUCUAAGUGGAGGUUCUGAAUCUGGAGCCCAGCCAUCAAGAACGGAGAACCGUGAGCCUCUGCCUAACCCUUGGGGACCGCCAAACACAUCAACCACCACUGAAAGUGGUACUUCCACAGGAAGUACAAGUUCGACUGGCACCAACCCCUCUGUGUCCAACCCUCUGGGCAUCAAUGCUUCAAGUCUCGGCAAUGGAAUGUUUAACAGCCCAGGGAUGCAGAGCUUACUGCAGCAGAUCUCUGAAAAUCCACAACUCAUGCAAAACAUGAUGUCUGCCCCAUACAUGCGUUCCCUGAUGCAGUCACUGUCUCAAAACCCAGAGGUGGCCUCUCAGGUAUUGAUGAAUAACCCGUUGUUUGCUGGAAACCCACAGCUGCAGGAACAGCUGAGAGCUCAGCUGCCCAUCUUUCUUCAGCAGAUGCAGAAUCCUGAGGCCCUGUCAGUGAUGACUAACCCUCGGGCCAUGCAGGCCUUAAUGCAGAUCCAGCAGGGCCUACAGACACUGCAGACAGAGGCCCCUGGACUUAUGCCCAGUUUAAUGACAGGUGGGAUUCCUGGUGUCCCUUCUGGUGUCCCUUCUGGCGUCCCGCCAGGUGUCCCACCAGCCUCAUCAGGAGGUGGCAUGGCCACAGAAAACCCCGCCUCUUCUCCCAGCAGUGCAGGAACGAACAGUGCCCAGCAGCAGCUGAUGCAACAGAUGCUCCAGAUGUUUGCUGGAGGUGGUGGAGGCGCAAACUCAAUGAGCAUGACCCCGGAGGUUCGGUUUCAGUCCCAACUGGACCAGUUAAGUGCAAUGGGUUUCAUCAACCGUGAGGCCAACCUGCAGGCCCUUAUUGCUACUGGUGGAGACAUCAAUGCCGCUAUUGAGAGACUGCUGGGCUCACAGCCUUCAUAAAGAUUCACAGCCCAUACUGACAUGCACAUGCAUAUACACAACACACUCAGCAUCUACAGAGAAAUCGAGAGAAAAAUCAGUCCAUCCCCAAAACACCACAGAAGAAUCGGGCAGGAUCUUCACCAUCCUCAUUCUGGUCUCUUUACAUCAUUCUUCUUUUUUCUUUGGAAUCAUCCAGAAACUGUCCCAGAGAGGUGUAGAGUCGGACUGAACCACUCUCACACCGAGAGGUGGGAAUGGAGCCAACCCAUCUCCUAUCUUUGGACUACAACCAUUUCUUCCUUUACUUUGUUCCCAUUUCCAAACAGAGUGGAGUGUUGUAUAAGCGCUGAGCUGAUAGAGAUUAGGCAGAAGAUGUGAUUGUGACUGUGUUAAUUACUGCAGCUAGCCACUGUUAGGCAGUAUUUAGCAUAGAUGCAGAUACUGUAGCAAGCUGCAGUGUGGAGAUCUGCUUGUUUGAAAGGAUAAAUAAAACACACAGAGAUGUCAUUUUGAGACAUUUUCAGACUUUACUGAUCUAACUCCUUCAUUUAUGAGAUAAUUUUCCCUCUUCUCUUGAAAUUCUACAAACUGUUCACUAUUUAUUAUACAUGCUUCGGAAAUGACACCCCACACUUUCUUUGAGUUGUAAUCUGUCAUUCCAUAUAAUGUGCCCCCAAGAGGGCACCCAGUGUCUUUCUCUUCUGAGGCACUUUGGCUGUGCCUUUUGUUCUCCCUGCCCAUAGACAAGCUCCAUGAUUGGCAUUCCCUACUUCACUGUUUUCAAAAACAUAACAUAUUCCUAAAGAGUUCACAACUUAUUUAGGACAUCCAAAAUUAUAAAUGUUUUGAGAAUGACCUCAGAAAAAAAGAAAGAAUCUUUCUUUUAAUUUUAAUCUGAUUCUUUAUUUUAUUUUUGUGAGGUGCAGUUAGUACCUAUUACCUAGCAAUUAUUUACAAAUUGUCUCACUUAAAAUAAACAUUGAAAUCAAGUAAGUAUAAUAAUGAAAAAUGUAAAGGUUUAAAAACAAUUCUGGUUUUCAAAAUCAACUUCUAGUUUGGUUUUACUUUUUUUUUUUUUUUCCUCAGCAGUGUAGUUGUGGUAACCUUGGCAACUGCUUCUAUAGCUUUGCUUUGUCUGUUGACCUCAGCUGAUGAGUCCAUCUCCCAAUUGAACAUGUUGAAACUAACUUUUAACAGUACUGUACUAAAAAUAAAACAUGCUCAAAAAUGGCAAA